GCUAUAAAAAUGUUGUAUAAUCAUCAUUGAAGAAUUGAAUACUUGACCCUAACCACAUGCAUCUCUCAAAAUAGCAGCAAUAUUGCUAAUGGCUAUUAUCCGGGGUAGACAGGGAUUCGUACAAGUUUAUUAGGUAGAGCUCCACGGCGGGCUUCCCCUGGAGAUGUCUACAGACUACUCCAGCUUGGUACCUCUCGGAGGCAGAUGCCCCGGCUGUUUCUUUUGAACCACUCGUUAUUUUGCCAUUUUGUUAUUUUUUUAUUUUCAUGUAUUAUUUCAGAGAAAAUCUAUGGUAGAUUCUACUUUAUGUCUGGUUUACUUCAGUAGAACAUCUACCUCUUUUAAAACGUAAGAUUUAGGACAUUAAAGACGGUAGAGAGAAGAAGAAGAAGAAGAAGAAAAAGAAAGACAAAACCCCUGAAAUGGGAUAGACUCCGUCGCGAUGGGCCGGAUGACGAUGAUGCGAACGAGCAAGCGAGGCCCAGCCUCCACCGCACGUCUACGGCAGGUCGUCAUAAUAUCAGUGAUGUGCCUGGCGCUAUACUGCUUCCUGCUCGUGCCAGACCACAGCCUCGAUUCCUCGCGGUCAAGCAUGCUGGAGACGUUUCCGCGCCCGCAGGCCAAACCCGAGUCUGAGUCGGCGGAGGAACUGCCGCAAGCACUGCUCAACAACCGCCUCCUCACCUCCUCGCAAUGCCGCGCGACAUUCCCAGGUCUGACCAAGGAAAUCGACGACGUCGUCGCCAAGGGUCCCUUCACACUCAUCCGCAACCCUCACGGGCUCGGCCCAACAGUCGCCCGGAUCCGCUCCGGCCAGCUGUCGAUCCUGACGUACGCGCGCAAGGCGGAUCUAUCCAAGGACAUGCUGCAGCACCGGUCCGCAACGCUACACCAGAUCGCCGCCGCGCUACUCACCACACCACCCUCUGAGCCCGUGCCGGACACCAUCAUCGCCUUCAACCACGAGGACGACCCGAAAUCGCACACGCUCUCGUACGCGCGCCCCGCAGACCCAUCCCUCAACGGCCCCGCGAAGCGCUUCUUCCCCAUCCCGCACUUCAGCUUCUACUCCUGGCCCAUCCGCACCGUGGUCUCGCAGGCGCGCGCCGCCGCCGCCAUAUCGCGCAUCGAGACCGCCACAAACCCCCACAGCACCUGGGCCUCCAAGCCCGCCCGCGCCAUCUGGCGCGGCACACCCUGGUUCAACAACCCGCGCCUCGCCCACCUGCGCUCCGACCUCGUCCUCCUCGCGCGCGACAAACCCUGGGCGGACAUCGAGGCGCUGCUGCCGAACAACAGCAACGCCCUGCCCAUCGAAGACUUCUGCCGGUACCGGUACAUCGUGCACACGGAGGGGGUGACGUACAGCGGGCGCCUGCAGUACCACCAGCAGUGCGGCAGCGUCGUGCUGGCGCCGCCGAUCGCGUGGAUGCAGCACCUGACGCACCUCGUGAAGCCCGUGUUCAGCGCCGCGCUGCAGCUGGAGGGGUCCGCUCGCUCGGCGCCUCCAGAUGCCUCGUUCGCGCGUGGUGGUGGCAGCAGCCAGCCGAAGAAGCCAGCCCCCUACCCGGCCCCCUGGGCCCUCGCCGCGUGGCCCACCUCGCACGACCCGUCCACCGAAGCCAACAUGGUCUUCGUCGCGCCCGACUGGACCGACCUCGAGCCCACCAUCGCCUGGCUGGAGCAGCACCCCGACACCGCGGCCGCCAUCGCCCGCCGGCAGCGGGACCUGUUCUCGGGCCGGGGGUACUUUAGCCCCGCCGCCGAAGCCUGCUACUGGCGGGCUUUGCUCCGGGGCUGGAGCCAGGUUGUCGAUACCGAGGGCCAGGGGUACGAGGAGCUGGAGGAGGUUCCGUGGGAGGAGUUUAGCUUGACGGAGGUGCACAAAUAAAGGGAUUUUAUAUUUUUCAUAAAAGGUUCCAAGGUUACUUACCUAGGUUAGUUUUAAUCUAGAUCAUGUGUCAAAUCACAUCAUAUCAAAGCAAAACAAAACAAGUGAAAUCAAAUCACAGCAAAUAACACAAUAUAGCCAGGCACGGCAGGAAGUAGGUACCUACUACUAGGUAAUGUAUUACCCAUUAUGUACUUUUUUUUUUUAUUUCUCUGAAUUAUUUGAGGUUUGCUAUUUACCUGCACAACCUAUGUAAGUAGACAGACACUAUAAAGUAGGUACCCAAGUACCUAGGUAGUUAUCGUGUGGCUGGCUGGCUUAG